AUGAUAAGUGCAAUUCUAAUUUCUGUGAUUUUGUUUCUUCUGGGUGCGCAGUUCCUGAAAAUGCAAUGGAAAAGUCGUGGAUUUCCUCCUGGACCGACUCCAUUUCCCAUCAUUGGAAGCAUGUGGUGGAUAAAUUUUAGAGCGGAUCAUCAGAGCCUGAAAAAGCUGGCAAAAACCUAUGGCAACAUCUGUACCAUGUGGAUGGGUCACAAACGUGUGGUGGUGCUGUACGGAUUCCAAGCUGUGAAGAAUGGUCUCAGCACUAACUCAGAGGAUGUUUCUGGGCGACUGCGGAGCUAUAUCUUCAACAAAAUGGCAAAUGGAAAGGGUAUCCUGCUCUCAAACGGUCUCACCUGGAAACAUCAGAGACAUUUUGGAAUUGGAACUCUCCGAAAACUGGGAAUGGGGAAUAAAGGAAUGGAGUGUGGGAUACAAGCCGAGGCCCGUUACCUGGUCGAGUUCUUCAGGGACAAAGACGGGAGAGCUGUGGACCCUUCCUUCCCCAUCGUUCAUGCUGUCUCUAAUGUCAUUUGUGCUGUGGUUUUUGGACAUCGUUUCUCCCUAGAGGAUGAAACCUUCCGCCAGCUGAUCGAAGCAUUCAAUUGUGUAGUGGCAUUUGGGAGCAGCUACUUUUACUAUAUCAGUGAAGUUUUCCCAUGGGUUGCAGAGCACUUCCUAAAACCUGCACAGAAAGCGUUAUCUGCUUGUGAAUUUGUUCGUUCUUUUGUAAGGCAGGAGAUCUUUUUUUUAAGAGGCACAAUAGAUGAACCAGAUUUCAUUGACUUUUACCUCAAUCAGAUAGAGAAAACUAAAAAUAUCCCUGGUUCUACAUUUGAUGAGGAUAACAUGGUGCAGUCUGUUUUUGACCUUUUCCUGGGUGGCUCAGAGACCACGGCCACCACCCUGCGUUGGGCUCUGCUCUAUAUGGUCGCUUAUCCGGACAUCCAAGAGAAAGUCCAGAAGGAGCUAGAUGCUGUUCUGAGUCCCUCCCAUCUAAUCUGCUAUGAUCGGAAGAAACUGCCUUAUACAAAUGCUGUGAUUCAUGAGAUCAUGCGCUUUGGCAGCAUUAUUUUAGUCACAAUUCCUAGAGAAGCUGUGAAGGAUACGACUGUUUUGGGGUAUCAGCUUCCAAAGGGCACUAUAAUUACGGCAAACAUAGACUCGACUCUCUUUGAUCCUGAGUACUGGGAGACCCCUCACCAGUUCAACCCUGGUCACUUCUUGAACAAGGAUGGAAAUUUUGUAAUCCCAGAGGCCUUCUUGGCCUUCUCAGCAGGACACCGAAUGUGUCUGGGAGAGGUGCUGGCAAAGAUGGAGCUUUUCAUCAUCUUCUGCAGCCUGUUGCAGACGUUCAAGUUCACUCUGCCAGAAGGAGUUAAGGAAGUCAACACAGACAUGAUCUUUGGGAGCACGAUGAAACCUCACCCAUACAGCCUCUGUGCAGUUCUUCGCUAG